GCCUUACAACUCUCAACAAAAAGACACAGGCACAUUAGAAACCAGUGGCAAAACAGAUUCAUUCCAAAGAAAGUGAGACUGCGUAAUAUUAAAAGUCGAAGCGAAUUAAAGAUACUACAUGCACUUGGAAAAAAGAGUUUGGCAAGAAAAGCUUAUGAGAUUGAAGAGGAGACUGGCAAAGAACCAAGUCGAGCAGAAAUGUUCAUUGCAUCACGAACAAGAUCAGAUGGAAAUUUCAUUUGCAAUGAAGCAAGGAUAUCUGCAGAUAAGCUUACACAAGUAAUGAAUCAAAAUAUUAAAAGUGAAGCAUCAAGUAGUGAGUCUGGUCCUAAGGAUGCAUUUGAACAAGUAUUUGGUUCCGAGCAUUCUGGAAGAGUUCGAUGUGUGGGACGUGGUCCAACACCGUCCAAAUACUUUCAGAAUUUGGAAUCGCAGGUAAGAAGUAACUCUGAGAUACUUGAGCUGAAGUCUCGCAUGAAAGGACUUGAAGAUAAACUUGAUAUCGUGGCUAACGCUCUUCAGAUUAUUAUUUCAAACAAUCAAUUUCAAACUAGUACGACAGAGACUAAGAUUGACUAGAAUGAUCAUAAAGUGACGUGAUAUGGAAUUUAGUGAAGAAUGGAGACAAUGAUUUCAUCUAGCCUUUUGAUAGAAGAUGAAGGACAAGAAAAUAUAGAAGAUGAAGGACAAGAAAAUAUAGAAGAGGAUAUAUAAAAGAUAGAUUUUAAUGCAAUGUUAUUUACUUUUACAUUUUUUAUUAUCAUGUACACAAGAACACAAGUAUAUUUGAGACAGAUUAAUUGAUUUUUAUCACUUGAUGAAUAUUGUGUUCUGGUUA